AUGAGGCCCUACACUUCUCUACUUUUGACAACUCUUAGCCUCCCCGGCGCCCUCUCCAACUUCCUGGGCCCGAUCUACCCAGCUCCCAGAGACCUCACCAGCAGCAACAGUCUCGUCGCGGCCGCCUGGAAGAAUCUCACGAUCAGUCUCGACAGGAGCUUGCAUGGCCAGUCCAACUCGACCCUCUCCGAAUUCAACGACCUCACCUUCUCCGUUGGGCUCUUCUCCACGCGUGAUUCAAAAGCAGAAAAACUGCAGUACCACCAUGCCGCACCUGAAACCCGCAACGCCUCGUUCGGUACCCAGACAGUCGACGGAGACAGCAUCUACCGCGUUGCCAGCGUCUCCAAGCUUUUCACCGUCCUCGCCGGGCUGAUCGAACUCGACCUGGAGGAGUGGGAACGGCCGCUUUCAGAGAUCUUCCCCGAGUUCGCACACUUCGUCCGCGAGAAGUCCAAUACCCUCGACCCCAUCUACGACACCCAAUGGAACGCAAUCACUCCCUUCGCCCUGGCCAGCCAGAUGGGCGGGAUUUCACAAUACGGCGCUCCCUGGACCCCGGACUAUCUGGCCUUGUAUGUCCUCGAGCCCCUGAUUUUAGGUACCUCGUCGCCCGAGUACAACCCAGCCACCUAUGGCUUCCCACCAGUCGAUCCAUCCGACCCGGCAAACCACGCCCCCUGCACAACGCCCGAGGGAUUCGUGGGAGGGAUAUGCGACCCCGAGUCCUACGCCGAAGGCGCAUCCACGAACCCACCCAUCGCCCUCCCCUGGACAAGUCCAGUCUACUCGAACAACGGCUUCACCCUCCUCGGCAUGGCGAUCGCGAACCUAACAGGGAAAACCCUCGACGAUGUCUACCAGGAAAGCAUCUUCGACCCUCUGAACAUGACCUCUUCGUACUCCGUCGUCCCGCCAAACUCCACACUCCCCCGCAGCGUCGUGGCCGGCGAACCACAGGCCAACUUCGCCAUAGACAAUGGCCUCUCCAAGUCCUCCGGCGGCAUCUUCUCAACCCUCAACGACCUCGCCAAGUUCAGCACCGCAAUUCUAAAUUCUACCCUCCUGGACACCCACACAACCCACCGCUGGAUGAAGCCCGUAACCCACACCUCGGACCUGCACUACGCCAUCGGCGCCCCCUGGGAAAUCUACCGCUACGAACACCCCGAGACCGGCCUAGUCACAGACAUAUACACCAAGCUCGGCGACUCGGGAUCCUACGGCGCAAUGACGCUCUUCAUCCCGGACUUCGACGCAGGGCUUAACCUCAUCACGGCCAGUACCCAGGCCACAAGAAGCCAGCAAACGCUCGACCUCGUCCAGGCGGUUAUCGGCGUCUUCCUCCCCGCUCUCACAAAACAGGCAGCCCGUGAGCUCGAGCAGAAGUACACAGGAACCUACGUCUCGGCCACACCGGGCCUAAACAGCUCGCUCACACUUACCCCUUCCAAGAUCCCCACCUCCCCAGGUCUAUCCAUAACAUCCUGGAUCCAAAACAGCACGGACGUCCUCAGCAUCUUCUACGGCUCGCCCAUAUUCCCCACCAAGGCGACGCUCCGCCCCCUGAUUACCCCGCACGGCUCCAAUCAAAUCGCUUUCAGACUCGCCACCACACCGGCUGACCCUGUUCUCCCCCGUGAUCCGAGCAAUCUGUUCAGCGCCUUCUAUGAUGCGGAUCAGUUUGCGCAGUUGGGACAGUAUACCUAUGCGAAUCUGUAUAUUGGGGAGUUUGUUUUUGAGAUUCAGGAGGAUGGGAGGGUGAGCGGGGUUACGCCGGCUGCGUGGGUUGGGAGGUUGGAGAAGGUGUGA